AUGGAGCGCGAGGACACGGGCGACGUCCCGCUGCUGAUGGACAUGGCCGACGACGCCAUCGAAGAAGCGCGGGAAGAGCGCAUGAGCUUCAUGGAGAAGUACAUCACGAGCAAGAUGCAGCCAGGCUCAGUCAAGGGCUCCAUGUUCACGAUGACCGUCUCCAUCGUGGGGGCUGGCGUCCUCGCCUUGCCGUAUGCAGUCAACCAGGUCGGCGUCCUCCUCGGUAUCGGCAUCAUCCUCCUCGGCGCCUUCCUUGCCUACUACUCGCUCUUUCUUCUCGUCGUCUGCAGCGAUAUCUCGCAUGAGACGUCGUAUAUGCACUUGGCUAACGCCGCGUCUGGCCCUCGGCUGGCGAUGUUUGUCCAAGGCGCCAUCUGCAUGAACCUUCUGGGAACCUCGGUUGGCUUUUUCGUUGCGAGCUCGGAGCUCAUUCUUCUCGUUGUCAAGCCAACGCAGUACUUUGGCGCCAUUGAAAUGGGCUCGGACCGGGACACACGCAACGCGCUCAUCGGCGCGCUCUGUCUUUGCUUCGUGUACCCGCUCUCGCUCUUCCGGUCGCUCUCGUCGCUGCGCUUCUCGUCGCUCUUCUCGAUCCUGUGCAUUGUCUUUUUGACCAUCACAGUCGUCGCCAAGUACUUUCAGUUCGCGCACCUCGGGUUCGCGCCCGACUUUUGGUACCAGUGCAAGCACCUGACCAUGUUCAACUUUAAGCCAUCCCGGAUUCUCACGGCCGUGCCACUCGUGGUAUUUGCCUACACGUGUCAUCCGAACGUGCUGCCCAUUUACCUUCAGCUCAAGCGACGCUCGAGCCCCCGCAUGUACAAGGUUGCGCGCCGUAGCUUGGGUGUGGCGAGUCUCGUCUACUUGGCGCUGAGCGUGUUUGCGGUCUUCACCUUUGGCGACGCAACGCGGUCGAAUUUUCUCGAAAACGACUACCACGGCGACGCUGCGAUCACAGCAGGCUGCAUCUUCCUCGGCGUCUCAAUCGUCGUGACGACACCGCUCUACAUCCACACGCUGCGCAACUGCAUCAAUGAGGCCAUUUGGGGCAACGCUGGGAGCACCGUGCGCCAUGUCCUUCUAACGACGCUCCUUGUUGCGAUUGCCGUGACGCUUGCGCUGCUCGCAACCGACAUUGCUUCGGUGCUCGGCAUCCUCGGCGCGACGACCAACCCAAUCAUUUGCUUUGUCAUGCCGGCGUUCUACAUUUGUCAACUCGGUGACGCGUCGCUGAUUUGCCACAAGUACACGGCGGUCACCAUUUGUCUCUUGCUGUGCGCGCUCUCGGGCUGCAGCUUAUUCCAGCAGCUGCACCACACACCAACGCAGAGCAGCGGGUUCUUUGAUUAG